CUCUCUCCCACAAAACACGUAAGCACAAUAGUGGCUAGAUUUGUGGUGUGCAGAGACGCUAAGAAAUUGUUGGAGUGCUAAAAUAAAGCAGUAAAGAUUCCUUUCAUGUCAGGGUCAAGCUCCCAUUCAACAGAGAGUAUUGUGUAACAUCACACUAGCCAAGCUGCAUAACAGGAGUCCGAUACCAUGUACAAAAUGUCUGGAUUUGGACAUGUUAUCCUGUGCUACUAUAUUCUAGGAUAUAUUUGGUGCAGCUCCAGUGCUUGGCAGGUAACAAUGCCGAGUAAAAUCAAAGGAUUGUUGGGUUCCUGUCUUGUUAUCCCUUGCAGUUAUGAUUACUAUCAGUAUCCACCGAAAAGACCAGAUCGUGUAGUGUGGUAUCAAUAUGUGAGCAGAGGAUAUCCAAUAGUAUAUGACAACUGGAACUGGAAUGAUGUGUUGAACAUAUUUAAAGGAAGAACACGUGUAUAUAGUUCUUCACACCAUCGGACAUGUAGUCUGUUGAUUGACCCAGUGACCUUGGCUGAUCACAGUCAGAAGCUUUAUCCCUGGGUGGAUCCUGAAAAUGUUGGAUGGAGAACCUACCCUUUCUAUGACACAACUGUAACAGUUGAAGUAGUGGGCACAGCAGAUCCACCGGUUAUCGAGAUCUUUGGAAACACGGUGGUUGGGCAGUCUGUAACAGUGCAAUGCAGUGUUUACCACACUUGUCCCACUUAUCCCCCAAGUCUGAGGCUCAACAUCCCCCUGCGAAACGAACGUCUAACUCAUAGCCGUCUAUCUGAUGGAAGAUCCAAAACUAUGGUGACAACCAGUCUGUUCAUAGAGAAAGAAUAUCAAACUGUGGAGUGCUAUGUGGAACACCGUGGUGGUCGCUCUGCAUCAGCAUCCAGAACCUUAACCUCACAAUGCUCCAUUUCAGGGCUGACUGUCAGCUCUGCAUCAUAUGAAUUUCUGGAGGGAGAUCCAAAUAAAGUAACCUGCACUGUUUCAUACACAUGCUAUCGAAAUAUUCCAACUCUGACAUGGAAUUAUGGUAAUAUGCCAGCCUCCUCUGAUACUAGCAAGUUAUCAGGGGGGGCUCAGUGGAGGACUGUCUCCACACUGACAUUUACAGCAUCAGCUAAUGAUGAUGGAAGAUCGCUGAUAUGCUAUGCACGUUUGGCUGGAGGUGAGACAAAAGAAGCAAGCAUCACUCUACGGGUAAAGAGAAACAUACUGAAUCUGGGUUGGUCCUUCACUGCUCCAAGCACCAUAACUGGGUUGAAGGGGUCGUGUCUCAUCAUUCCAUGCAAAUUCUCCUACAAAAACUCUCAGCCUAAUGACCUUGAAGUUAUGUGGUACUUGUAUCAGGGGAAUGGAUUUCCAGCUGUAUUUAAGCAAGGAGGGAGCGUUAUUAGUAAGUUUGAUGGUCGAACUAGUUUGAUUGGAUCAGUGGUUGAGCAGAACUGUAGUCUUAAGAUUGAAAGGCUGGAGAUGUCACACAACCGUGACCGACUUUAUCCAUGGAUAGAUAAGAACACAAUUACUUCCUACCACACCAAAGGUCACUCGUUUUAUGAUGGAUCUACUGAACUUAUUGUUUCAGAACAUGCACCAGAACCACAGUUGAGCAUUAUUGGUAUCCUCAGAGUGGGAGAGCAGGGCACUGUGUCCUGCAGUGUGCAGCAUACAUGUUUCUCUGCUCCCCCAACCUUAACCCUAGAGGGUUUACCUGGAACAAACCAGAACAUGGACACUCUGGUAUCAGAAGGGAUUUGGGAAAGGAAAAUAGUUCAAACUUGGACAGUAGAAGAAGAGCACCAGAGUGUAAGUUGUGCUGUUAACUACCCUGCGGGUCAG